AUGGCUUCCCUCUCGAUCCUUCGUCUUACUGCUCGCCCAGUCACCUCCGUCUUCAGACCUUGCGCUCGCUCUGUCAGGAGAGCUCCUGUUUUAGCUCAAUCAGUCAACACCAGAGCACCCUUCAGCUCAACAGCCGCUCGAAAAAGCGGACACGAGGAAGAGACUUUCGAGGAAUUUUCUGCGAGAUACGAGAAAGAAUUCGAUGCUGUUCAAGAUGUGUUCGAACUCCAGCGAAAUUUGAACAACGCCUUUGCCUAUGAUCUUGUGCCCUCACCCGGUGUUGUGACAGCAGCUCUCAAGGCUGCAAGACGCGUCAAUGACUACCCGACCGCUGUCAGAAUAUUUGAAGGUAUCAAAGCCAAAGUUGAAAACAUCCAGCAAUACGAGGAAUACUUGGAGGAACUGAAACCCCUAAGGGAAGAACUCGGCGUCAAUCUCAAGGAAGACCUCUAUCCCGACAACAGCGACAGCCCAUACAGCAACUCAUAA